AUGAACGAAUUGAGACGCGAGUCGCGCGGCGGACCUGAUCGAGAGUGGUUCCAGAGAGAGAAGAAGCGCAUGGAAGACGAGAUUCGAGAGGAGAUGCAAGAAGCCGUGUCGAACGUGUACAUAUUGAGCCAAAAUAUCGAGCAUCUCAAUGACGUGGGUCAAGAAGUCGUGGCCAUUUCGUCCGUGUGGGUAGAUUUUCUACGUCGGACAACGGCGUCUUCAAACAGCAGAGCACGCUAA